AUGAACAUUUUAUCCACAAAGCUUCUGCUUUCUUCUGAAAGACAGGAGUGGAAGUGGGUUCAGGUAGAGGCUCAAGAGAAGAAUCUGAUUUCUCUGGCUGACAAUCUAAAGCAGCAGCUUCAAGUUUCAGCAAACAAAGUGGCUUUUUCAGCCUCUUUGCUGGAUCAAGGUUCUGGAACUACUGGACCCGCCCUUACAGAGACCACUUUGGCCUUCAAACACGUCGUCAGAAACAUCGGAGACGCCUACAACCCACAGACAGGAGUUUUUACUGCCCCGCUGAGAGGAGCGUACCACUCUGAGUGGUACAUCGGCAUCAACAAGGAUGGAAGCGCAAUAACUUCGUUGAUGAAGAACGACCAGCAGGUUUUCACCGCAAGGAACAACUUGGACCCAAAGUAUAAUCUGGAGGUGGGCUUUGGCAGUGCCUCUAACGGCGCCUCGCUGCUGCUGGAGGCCGGAGACGUCGUGUUUGUUCGUCUCUGGUCCGGCCAUGUCGUCCACGACGAUGAAAAUCACAUCUGCACCUUCAGCGGUCAUCUGCUGUUCCCCAUGUGAGGCAGGACAAGCAGCGCUAACGGGAUGCUAACCAGGUGCUAACCCUUCCUCUGGGCCGUCCAGGUCUUUCUCCAACUUCACAACAAACGUCAUUUGAAAACUGUAUUUUGUGUUUAUGUGUG